UCAUCAGGUGGAAUGCUUUGGAUAUAUCUUUUACAAUGGAUUAUAUCAAAUAAUAAACCUGUUCCACAAGGUGUUGUUUUACAUUCUCCAUGGCCUAAUCUUAAAUAUUUGGAUAAUAAUGUUAGAUUCUCUACAGAUCAUUAUUUAUCAUUUAGACUUGCAAAUAAUUUAAGAAACUUAGCCAUUAGUAAAGGUAGAUAUUGGUUUACGUUGACUGAUGAAGAACUAAGUAAAAUAAGUCCAAAAGAUGAUUCAUUUGAAGGAUUUCCACCAUUAUAUAUAACCGCUGGUACAAAUGAAAUAUCAAUUGAUGCAAUUCGUGAUAUGACUGAAAAGAUGAGAUCUGCAGGUGUCGAAGUAAUAUUAGAUGAAGGUGAAGGAUUGAUGCAUACAUAUGCUUUAUUUGAUUUGUGGUCACCACAAAGUCGACAUGUUCAAGAAAAAAUUCAUCGAUGGACUCGAGAACAAUUAUUAAUUGGAAUGCAAUCAAUGUCGAAACUAAAUACGGUUACAAUCAAUCCAGAGUGCAUUUAG